AUGGAACCGUUUCUGGAUAAAGUGCUUGGGAGGUUCUCUUCUAGAGAUGCACAUCGGUACAAAUCAUAUUUAAAGAAAUACAUUGAUUGGUGUUCAACCCACGGCUUGGUUGUAAAUUUUGAUAAUAGCUUAAAAGAUCGUAAUGUGUGGGGUAGUGUACGACGAAUUCAUUGGUUUUUACAGGAUAUAUGGAGGGCGAAAGAGAUAGUUAGCGCGAGUGAAAUGAAGUCAAUGGUUAAUUGCUUCCGUCUUAUUUCAGAAGAAUCCUUGGGGGAAAUGGGUCUAGAUAAUUGGUAUAUGGAUAAUUUAACUUUGCUAUACGAACAAAGCGGUAAUUUGAAUAGCGCGGCUAAUGCAAAAACUCGAUUUGAAACGGUAUGUGUUAAUAUAUGGAAUGCCGUAACCCCAUCACUAAAUGAGAAAUAUUUCAAAACAUGUUUAGAUAAGGUUAAAUGGCUUUUAGAUUUUCAGCUGAAUUACUAUUUAAAUGCAAGUCUGGAGGAACGGCGGGUAUGGACUCUUGGAGACUUGGAAAUUAGCGAUAAGGAUUGUGUUUUGGUGAUACGAAAACAGUGGGCUAUAUUGGUUCAAGAUAAUCCGCUCUACUGUCCUCUAUUUGCCCUAGCGGUUUACUUACACUUGAGAUUUUAUGGUGUUACGAAACAAUACCGCGGGGACGGAUUUCCUGACCUUUCGGAAAACGGUAAUUGGCAUUCAUUUCCCAUCAUCCGAGGCAAGUCUUUGACCAAAUUUCCAAGGAUGGAAACCAUGGGUAAUUAUUAUCCUGCUGUUUUCCAGUAUUGUCAGCUUCCGUAUAAGAAGCGGUUGUAUUUUCAAACGCGUGUAGAUGAGCCCGUGUUUCCAUCAACCGAGGAAACCGUCGGAGAUGAAGAGAGUGAGUGUUUUGUUCAACAUGUUGGGCGAGACUUUAUCUUGGGCAUGAAUAAGUAUCCCAUUGACAGCGAAUGGCCAGCUGUGGAUUUUUCCGAUGAUGUACUGAUGAUGCAGCUUUUUCCAGACAUUGAGCGCUACGAAAAGGUAGCAAAUUCACAACAGAUCGUUGCUGUGAUGCGCCUCUUGAGGAAAGUUAUGUUUAGGGGCAUUCCAGUGUUGUAUAACUAUUUUCCAAGCCAUGAUCUGUUCCAACAUGCGAUGUUUCAACGUCCGCAAUUCAUUGCUCAUCUUAAUGCAAAAGACAAUAUAAAUCCAAUGCCAGUACCAUUGAACCUCCUAGUGGAGGGUAAAAACCAAUUAGAUAGUGUAUAUGGCUCCUCUAUGCGCUCUACAUCAGUAGGGGAAGAAUUUGCUCAAAAUCGUCAUCAGGAACAUCAUCAGCUAUCAACGAUUAAAACUGAGAACGCGACAGAUAACUCUGACCUGCGCAAAGAUACCCUUCAGUUUGUGAAAGAUCAAACCCUAUCUAAUUUCACCAUUCUCCUACAAUUAUUAUCAAGAUUAUUCGAUAAGCUCGAGACAAAACGUUCCAGCAAACAGAUGAUUCAUUCGGAACUGGAAACCCUGCAUACCACGCUGAAAAGGAAAAUAAGCUCCCUGGACAGUAUUCCGACUGCGUCCACGAAAGAAACCGAUGAGAAUGAAUCCGUCAAAAGACAGAAGCUCGCUCCCAGUCCCAACUACGGCGAUGACGAAUCUGACGGUGAAGAUGAUGAAGAUAUAGACUUGGAAGACCUUCACAGUAUGGUCCAACAGCUAGUACAGAGGCAUGUCACACAAUCAACGGACUAUAUUAUAGACAAAGUUCGUAAUGAAAUUAGGACGGAAAUUCGUGACAUUGUAAAAGACGAAAUCGUAGCUCAUCUCAGCAGUGCUUCGGAGGCGCCUCAACGAAAGCAAAGCAGAAGAAAGUCGCACAUUCAAGACGAAAUGGACACUAACUCCCCUCAACCAGAUAAAGACAUUAUUUUUAUGAUUGAUCCUAAUAUAGAUACAAUUGAAGCUGUAGUUCUAGAAUGGUUUACACCCAACCCCAAGUAUCAGGAUGAAUGCAUCCACUCAAUGAAUAAAAAAUACGGUAAAACUUGGCGGGUUGCCUCAAAUCAAGAAACACUGUACAAAUCCCGUAAAAUAAUUGUGGAAUUUUACAUUCACCUUGUAAAUGAUUUAAACAUAGAUAGACACAAAGCGGUCGACCAUUGCGAGCAUAUGAGAGGGGCCAGCAUGCUAUCUGAUUUUAGUCUAUGGCUAAAAAAAUACAAAAGAACGCAUAAUAAUAAGUUCCCUACUAUUACGAACAAUGACCAAGGGCAAAAAUAUGACUCUACGUAA